AUGCUUAUCGGCGUCGUACACGAUUUUUGCCGCGAGAUCAGCACUCGCCCGGCCCCGCCCAGGGUCUACUGCUUCUUCGAAGAGAGACAAACAAAAUUUGGGGCCAUAGCCGGUUUCGAGACCGACGAGCCUACAAGCCCAGCUGGCGGUGAUUCUGUACCUAAUCGUUACCUAGGCAUAUGCCGUCGACGAAUGUCGGGCACUCUGAGCGGGCAUCCCAAGGUCAGACUGGCUCUGGGACACUUUGAAAUGGACAAGUUCGAAGACAGCGAGGACUCGCAUUACCAAUCCGUCAGCUCCAAGAUCAAGAAAAUGGUUGAAGAGUCUAAGGACAUCCUAGAGGGUCGAAGAGGGGAAACUCCGUCGACCAAGUCAACGUCAGCCUCGGAGCACUCAUUUGCCCUGCUGACGUUGCUUCCCUUCAAGGAGGAGCCCAACUUCAUAGGCCGCUGCGGCAUACUGCAGCAAAUUACGGACAAACAUGGCAAGACGGAGACGGUAGUACUAUGCGGUAGUCCCGGGAUCGGGAAGACGCACGUUGCUAUUAAAUACGCACACAAGUUCACCAAGGACUACCCCAGCUCCAGGGUCUGCUGGGUCAACGCCGCGAGCGCAGAGCAGUUUGAGCAAUCCUAUAUGCUCAUUGCGAACGCCUCCCACCUGAGUUUGGACGCAGGCAAGGGCGUGCUCGAAACGGUGCGCUGCCACCUGAAACGCGAGUCUGGCGGCCGUUGGCUGGUGGUCCUGGACGGCUUGAACGAAGGGCUGGACCAUCUGAGAGCUACCAACGGGCCGCACACGGGCGAAUCGCUCUUGGACUUCAUCCCAAAGACCUCCCACAUCGGCAAGAUUUUGGCCACGACCCGCUCGAGGACCGUGGCCAACCGGCUGGUCCAGCAGAAAGAGCACAGCGUCGUCGACCUGCCCGCCAUCGACGACAGGGAUGCCGCCAAGCUUCUGCUGGGGUCCGAGUCGGCCAUCCAAGACGCGGCCAAGCUGAGGUCGGCGGCCCGCGUGGCAAGGGAACUGGGGUCCUCGCCCGUCGCCCUAACGCUUGCCUACGCCUACCGCAGCACGGUCGAGAAGAUGAUGCCUCUGAGCCGUUACCUAGAGGCGUUCCGGUCGCUGCCCAAGCCGAAGAACUUGUCGAACCAGGCCAUCACCAUCAAGGAAGAGGCCGGGGUGCGGCGGGCUUGGCAGCUGCUCUGGAACGACCUCGCUGCCCGGCACCCGGAUACGUCGCGCCUGUUGCUGCUGAUAAGCAUCUUGGACGUGCAGAGCCUCAGCACUUCCUUCCUCGCCGAGGCGGUUGCCGACAGGGACGUCGAAAGACACAUCCAGAUCCUAGUGCGGUACGGCAUGGUGGAGCCCUACGUCAACCGCACAGCCGUCUUCGUCACGGACCUGGUUCGCCAGUGCGCCCGGGCGUACAUGGUGGGGCGCGACGAGACGGUGGCUUGCGAGGUCAGGGCCCUCUCGCUGAUAGCACUGCUUAUCCUGCCGCCGAAGCUUCCGAGGAGGAGCACGACAAUCGCAGCCGAGGCCAGGCGAGACCAUGCCCGUCUACUCUUCAAGGUGGCCACGCAUAUGGCCCACCAGGGCCAGCACCAGGCUGCCAUCCUGCGGUUCGAAGCCUGCCUGCAGAACCUGCACCACCUUGGCCUCGAGGACGAGGCGGAAAAAGCCCAGCAUGCUCUCGGCGAGACUACCAGGGCCCAUGCCGCAACUAAGGAGGUUGGAGAAACCCCGUCCCCGCACAAUUCUUCUGUCCUGGUUCUGGCCAGCCCAGGAGGCGGUAGCGGAGGAGGCGGUAGCGGCAGCAGCAGCAGGACGGACGAGAGCGAGAGCCCGCUAGACCUGGACUUAGGCCUAGUGGAAAAGGAAAACUUCAAUCUCGCCCUUGAGCAGGCCAGGCAGGGCAACUACCAGCAAGCCGAGAAAGGCUACCAAGGUGCCUGGCAGGCGUCGGAACGGCGCCUGGGCGGCGGCCACUUCAUCACGCUGCGCAUCAUGGGUAGUCUGGCGCAGGCAAGGUGCGCUCAGGGGCGCGUAGACGAGGGGUGGCCCAUCAUGCAGCACGUGCUCACCAGGCAGAGCCGCCUGCUGGGACCAAACCACCCCGACACGGUGGUGACGCGCCACAAUGCAGCCUAUGUGUCGGAGCACUUGGCGUCCGACCUGCGCAUGCGGCAAGGAGGAGCGCAACAAACGCCCGGGCGUGUCUGGGAGAUUGAGAAAUAUGGCCAGGAACCUAAACUGGCCGGGGAUAGACGGACCCACGAGCACGACAGAGACGUAGCGGGUUAA